AUGCCUUCCCGGCCUACCGAUAUCCCUCCCUACGCCGAAUACUAUGACCUCAUUACCUCCUCGACGCCGGCCUGUCCCGAUCGUGAACAGGAGCUUGGGCAGCAUAUACCCAGCCAGUUCUUGGAACUAGGUGUUGCAGCUGCUGCCCCCUCCCAGCGUAUUCAGGUGACUCCACAGACCCCAUCAAGUUUCUCUCAGGCCUCAUCUCAACCCCCACAGCAGCUACGGGCUCGUCUUUCCUUCUGGAUAUGGCGGAAGGAUGCUCCGACGGAGAAGGAGAGGAAGCCACAGAGCUUCGGGGGUGUCAUAUCUCACCCAAUCAAUAGCUGCUUCGUCCAGGGGUUUGAUCACUUCAUAGAGAAGGAACUCCUACCAGCGCUAGACCCAGACCUCGGGCAGUAUUCGCGGGAGCCCGACGAUAUAUACAAGCUCGCGCUCGGGUUCACAAAAAAGCCAAUACAGCCGGUUUUCCUCUCUCAAAUAUACAAUAAGGAGUCACAUACUACUGAGCUCUAUCCCUUAUUUUACAAGAAGGGCCUCAUGCGGGACAUCAAUGUCAUCAUCAUCCGGAAGGAAGCGAAGGAUGAGCCGGACCAGGUCAAGCAGGAGCCGGGUGCCCGCGAUGCCCAUCAUCCAGGCAGUGAGAGGGUCAGAUCGUGGCUCUUCGAAUAUCUAGACCUCCCUGAUGCCCCAGCCGACGACGUCGAUGAUUUCGACUUCGGCUUCGAGGAUACAGCUAUCUUCUUUAAGAAGAGAGACCCAGCGCCGGCGAGAGACCCUACCCCAGCCAGAGCACCAGCUACAGCACCAGCCGGAGCGUCGGCUAGAGCACCGGCCAGAGCCCCGCCCUCGCGCCAGUCUGCUCCCAAACGCCCUCGGGCGGUUUCAUAUACAGCAUCGCCGCCCCAGACGCGGAGCCGGGCUCGGGAUCGGCUUCAGGUGCAGGUGUGGGGGUCCCAAGGGCGAGGUUCAGGAGAAUAA